ACAGCUGAGGAAGCAAGGGUGUCGCAUCAUCUCCCGACGGCAGGAAGAAAGGUCACAGCUGACCAUAUAUAACGGAUGUGGCGCCAGCGUCCCACAGCAGAAGCUCUACAGAAGCUGCACCGAUCUCAUCCAUCCACAGCCAUACAACACAGGGAAAGAAACAUGCGGUCUUCCAUUAUCCUUCUGUGGCUCGUUGUACUGGUCUGUGUGAACACCCAGGACAUCCAAGACAGCCAGGACACCCAAAACACCAAACUGUCACGUUCUAGGCGGUCUGUGAAGGAGAUCGUGGAGGGUUUGAAGACUGGAUUUAGCAGACAUCUGUCUUCCGUUUUCACUCUGGCAAAGGAUAAGUUUAAGGAAGUCCUCUCCGCUCUUGGAAAACUUAAGCUAGCUGUAGCCAAAGGGAUCCUGAAAAAGUUCAUUGGCUUGAAAGACAAGCAGCAUGAUUUCGGCGAUGCAGAAAGUGCCCAGAGAGUGGCCAAAAUGAUGGAGGUUCUGGAGGAAGAUAUCGAACGGCAGGAGAAUGGAGCGUCAGCUUCAUACGUCACCGUGACGUCCUUGACGAUUCCUCUUCUAGCAAUUGUGACGCUGAGGUUCUAAGAUAAUCUAGAUUACGUUGAAGAACCCCGACCGGAAAUAACUUAAUAGUGAUGCUGAUGAACGUUUGGUGCAUCGUGAUACUCCGUGCCGCGAUAUAUCCAUCGGCAGGUCACGUAUCGAUAGUAACAUAACAACUUGAAUUUAAAAUACUGUUUUCUAGAAGACGCCUGGAGCUACCGGAUUGUCAAGAGAUUGAAAUGUACUCACAGUGUCAAGUUUCCAGUCAUCACUGCCGCAAAGAAAUGUUGGUUACAUUAAUAGUGAUGUUCCUGGAAUAAACGAUGUGGUGCUAGUCA